AUGACUGCACACCUAAGCCCUUCAAACAUAGCUUUGAGAACUAAGCUACUGCAGCUGGAGUGUCACUUCACCUGGGAUCUGGCCAAAGAAAGUGCAGACCUGUCAAAUCUUCAGACCAGGCUGGAGGAACAAAUAGAUCUGGACCUAGGCAAGAAAGCUGGGGCAAUCCGAUCACAUUGUUUUUUGGCCUAUGUCAGGUACCUGCAAGGAUUCCCAGAAGAUGCCUUCACAAACUUGCUCAAAUCAGAAGAGAAGGGAAGGGAAUACCAUGGUGAUAAUUUUGAGCGAUUUCUCAUCGUCACCUAUGGCAACCUUGCCUGGCUACACUAUCACCGAGGAUCAUAUACCCAGUGUGAGAGCUACUUGGAAAAGCUUGUUAGUAUAAAAGAGAAGUUCCCCACUGCGUCACCGACUAAGCUUCACCCAGAUGUCUAUGGUCAGAAGGGCUGGACCUAUCUCAAGUUCGCCUACAAGUACUGCGAGAGAGCAAAGCACUGUUUUGAAAAAGCCUUGGAGCUGGAGCCAGAUGAAAGUGAGUGGAACACUGGCUACGCCAUCGCUCUCUAUCGCACAGAAGAUUACAAUACAAUACCAGAGGACUCGCUAGCGGUGAGGCAACUCCGACGAGCCAUUGAGCUAAACCCAGAAGAUGCUGUUCUAAAGGUGUUUCUUGGCCUGAGACUGACUGUAUUCAAAGAGCACGAUGAGGCUGAGAGGCUGAUCGAGGAAGCUCUCGAGAUGGAUCCUAGCAACCCCCAUGUGAUUCGCUACGUCGGGAAAUAUCUCCGCCACAGUGGCUCUGUAGACCAUUCCAUUGCACUGCUCAAGAGAGCUGUGGAGCGUACCAAUGAUUCGGCCUUCCUUCAUCAUCAGCUAGCUCUGUGCUACAGGUCGAAGAAGAAUGACUUGUUCCGUACAGGAGGUGCCUGGGGCAAGAAACGUGAAGUCAGACAGCUUAUCACUCAGUGCAUCCAUCACCUGCAACUGGCUACAACACUGAAGUCUAACUUCAUUUUAGCCAUGGCUGAUCUUGCCCUGCACUAUGCGGAGAAUGAAGAAAUUGCCCGGGCAGAAGAGAUGUUCCAGGACACAUUCAAAGCAGCAACGGAGAACCACGAAAAGAUGAAUGUGGUACACCGUUUCUAUGGUGAGUUCCAGCAGUACCAUAAAAAAUCCCAAACACUAGCUAUCAAGCACUACAAAGAGUGUUUGUCACUGGGGUUCAAUUCAUUUGAAGGGAGUAGGAGUGCCCUUUCCCUGAAGAAGAUGGCAGAGAAGCGUCUGGACAGAAACCCUAGAGAUGGAGAAGCCUUUGGGAUUCUGGGAUUCGUCCACAGGGCAGAGGGAGAGGAGCGCCAGGCAUUGGAGUGCUACGAGAAAGCUCUGCAGUUUGAUUUUAACAAUGACGAGUAUCUCAGUGCCCUAUGUGAUCUUCGCUUGUCUUUGCAGUAACUCGCCUUCUGUGUCAUAUCAAUAUAAGCUAAUAAUUACAACC